CGCCUACAUACAUCACACUCAAACAUGGCCUUUCACUCCCCUCACACACACACUAGAUGCUCUCUCUGCACACACACUCACACACACACCAAACCCCCUAAGCUAACCUAGGGUUCCAUUCUCACUUCAACCCUAGAUCUCCAUUCACAUUCACCCCCCCUCUUCUUCAUCCCCUUUCUGUACUUCCAAUCAGAUUCUUCACUCUCAUCUUCAAAGUAUCCACCUUUAUAUCUUCUGGUUCAUUCCACUUUCAUUUUGCCCAAAAAAUACAACUUUUGGUUGAAGAUUUGGGCAUUAGGGCAUUAGGGCAUGUUUCGAUUCUCAAAGUGAUAGCGAGCGAACGAUUAAUACUUGCGUUAAACGUUAUAAAUGGGUUCACUUUACGGUACCCACGAGAUUGUCGAAUUGAAAGAUGAACCGACAUUGAGUGAUUUUCGGAUCGAUAAGGGGAAAAAGGCGAAAGGGUGCAGUCGAUACAUGGAAGACGACAUCAACAAGCUAUUCGAAGGUAUUAGUAUGCGACAUUCGUUUAAUGGUUCAAGUUUCUCCGAUGAAACGUGUGGGGCGACGCCUAGAAAAAACCCGUCGAAGAAGCCGAUGCGGAUGAGUUUAUCGUCUUCGUCGGGAAUCGGGUAUCCGGAGCCCGUUUCGUUAAAACAAGCGUUGCGGGGAUUAUGCAUUUCGCAAGCUUCGGAAAUGGCUGCUGUUAAAAGAUUGUCAAUGCCGUAUAGCAAUAGUCCGCAGUCAACUCCUCGGUUGAAUCUCGAAAAGUCAACGAAAAGCGUCGGGCUUUUGAAGGAGAUGUUGCGUGCACCGGAGUCCGAUAGCCAAUCUUCUAACCAAUCUUCGACCGAACCAGUGCAAGAGAAGAAGAUUAUUUCGAAUUCAAUUCGUUCACCAAUUCGACCCGAAGAUUCAUUGGAUUCGGUCAACUCUGAAGUCAACUCAGUAAGUAAUCGUGACAAGAAUAAUGUUACGCCAAGUAAGUCAACACCGAGAUCACGUUACAAAGGAAAGUCGAUAAGAACGUCACCUCGUGUGGUCAAGACGGUGAAGACGGUGAUUCGGACGAAGAGCGCCGUGAAGAAAAAGUCAAAGCCGGAAUUGACUUCCGCUACUACCGCUUCAAACGCAUCCGUUCCAGCGAAAUCCCAACUGAUAUGCCAAAAAUGCAAUUGUGCGAUAAAAGAUGCGAAAACCGAGUCGAAGAAAGACUCUCGGUCGCUUCUUUCGUCGAGUAGUACGGAAAACGGGAUGAACAGAAAAGUCAACGAUUUGGUCAACUAUGGUAAAACGAUUUCGGUUCUACACAGUAAGAACUCGAAAUACGGAGAUAAAGGCGAAUUCACUCAAAGUUCAAAUAGCAGCAUAUGCGAAUACAGUACGAGUACAAGCAUUAGCGAAGAACGAAAUCUCAGUGGAUGCAUUGUUAUUAAUCGACCGCAUAUGUCGAAAGAUAUGAGGUGGCAGGCGAUUAAUCACACGAUGAAACAAAACGGGUUUCUCGGAUUGAGACAUUUCAAUCUGUUGAAAAAACUUGGGUGUGGGGAUAUCGGUACGGUUUAUCUUGCGGAAUUAGUUGGCACAAAUUACCCUUUUGCCAUUAAAGUUAUGGAUAACGAGUUCUUGGAACGACGGCAGAAGAUGCCGAGAGCGCAUAUGGAACGGGAGAUUUUGAGCAUUUUGGAUCACCCGUUUUUACCUACGCUUUAUGCGCAUUUUGUUUCGGAGAAUUUGUCGUGUUUGGUUAUGGAGUAUUGUCCGGGUGGCGAUUUGCAUGUUCUUAGGCAGAAGCAGCCUGCUAGAUAUUUUCACGAACAAGCGGCACGGUUCUAUGUUGCAGAGGUUCUUCUUGCUCUAGAAUACUUACAUAUGCUCGGAAUCGUAUACCGAGACUUGAAACCCGAAAACAUUUUAGUUCGAGAAGACGGUCACAUCAUGGUCACAGAUUUCGACCUUUCCCUUAGGUGUUCCGUAAACCCAACUCUACUCCAACCCUCUUCGUCGGGCCCACUUGAGCCACCUAGGAUGUCGGGCCCGUGCGCAGGUUCAAGCUGCAUCGACCCAUUUUGCAUCAAACCCACCUGCCAACAAGUCUCAUGCUUCAAGUCUAGACUCUUAUCCGCACCAAAAUCCCGUAAAGCAAAACCCGACUUAACCGCACUAAACCGCUCAUUACCACAGCUCGUGGCCGAGCCAACGGAAGCUCGAUCCAACUCGUUUGUCGGGACCCACGAGUAUCUAGCUCCGGAAAUCAUCAAAGGAGAGGGUCACGGGAGUGCGGUCGAUUGGUGGACUUUCGGUAUAUUUCUUUACGAGCUUUUAUACGGGAGGACACCGUUUAAAGGGCCCGGUAACGACGAGACGUUAGCCAAUGUGAUAUUGGAAAACCUUCGGUUUCCCGAAACGCCGUUGGUUAGUUUUCAAGCGCGGGAUUUGAUCAAAGGGUUAUUAGUAAAAGAGCCCGAAAACCGAUUGGGGUCACAAAGAGGGGCGGCUGAAAUCAAACAACACCCGUUUUUCGAUGGGUUGAAUUGGGCUUUGAUACGGUGUGCGUCUCCGCCCGAGCUGCCCGAACCGUAUGAUGUCACGGUUUCUAAAGCCGCUUCGUUAGAGAAAGCGAAAAAGUAUCUGGAUUACAACGAGUCUUCCGAUGGGCAUCUCGAGUUUGAGUUGUUUUAGUGACAGGGCCCAUAUUUAAUCUGAGAAACUGUACAAGUCAUUGUUAGUUUUGAAAUAUUUAAUCAGGGCUUUUUUAUAAGUUAUUGCAAUGAAAUUUCGACGUA